AUGUUUGCCAGGGCUCCUUUCGGCUUGGCCUGCAAGCGGUCGCUAGCUCUGCGACCCCUGGCUCGGCCACAAAUCCAAUAUCUCCAUGCGUCGCCGGCAUUGGAGCUUCCCCGCCGGAGGAAUUUCUUUUCGUCGAAUGCCAACCUGGCGCAAAAACAACCCAGCGAUGACGAAUCGACCGAACAAUUAGAACUACAGAAAAAAAAGAGACGUGCUGGUAGAGCUCCGGCAGCGCCCACUUCUCUGCGCCGAGUUGCUGUGGAGGCGCAAAGGUCGAGAGACGGAUUCAUUUCGAAGACCCAGCUUAAAGAACAGGGAAUUGACCAGACUAAGACAGUGACCGCCUAUGCCGUUGCCGAAAAAUUCGACAUCCGCAAAGUCCGAGAAAUCCUACAAGACAGAGGAUACGAGCCGGAUCCAUUAGAGACAGGUCUCUACCCCCAAGUCGUCCACGUUCAGGUACCCAUCGAUUCCAUACGCCGGGUGAGCAACCCAUCAACGGCCGAUCUAUCAUCCGAUGAAGUUGGCGAUGUGUUUGUCUUUCCGUCUGGGACGGUAGUGGCGUGGGCCCUUCCCGAAGGUUUUACCUCAUUUUUGGCAACCAGGACUCUACUGCCCGCAGCCGAAGGGGCUCAUGUUGAUGAUUUGGAAACGGAAGAUCUCGAAUUUGUCGAAGAUCCAAAGCGAGAUAACAGCAGUAUCAAGGGUGACACAAUCAUUCUGGGCACGCGAAAUGGACUAGGAAACCCGCUUGCGAAACAAGAAACUAUUGACACGGUCCUUACCAAGGUUGCCUUUUCCUCCGGGCUGGCUCGGAGCACGAAGCUGGCUGUGCUUGAAAGCCUAUUGUCAAAUUAUUUUGAGUCAACGCGCACCAUUCCAACCCUCCUCUCCCAAGGCUCUCGGCUGCCUUACACCCGGGACUUCAUUCUUCGGAAGACUGGGCAACUACUCAGCGUCCGUGCUCAGCUUAACCUCUAUUCUGAACUGACAGACUCUCUGCCAGACCUCUUCUGGGAUAGUCGACACGAGCUUGGCCUAGAGGGGUACUACGAACAGGUCGGUCGAGCCUUGGAUGUCGGUAUUCGCAUCAAGCUCCUGAACGAAAAGAUGGACUACGCGCAAGAAAUUGCCAGUGUACUGCGUGAACGUCUCAGCGAAACCCAUGGUCUCCGACUGGAGUGGAUCAUCAUCUUGCUCAUUGCUGUUGAGGUUGGCUUUGAGGUUAUGCGGCUAUGGAAGGAGAGAGUGCAUGACAGGGAAGAGAAAGCACGAAAGGAGGUCAUUUGA